AUGUUUAAACUUGGCUUUUCAAUGGAAGAAUUAAUGUUUCCAGAAAAUUAUCAAUCUAAUUUGCUUAUUCAUAUUGAAUCCAAUUGUUUACGAGAAAAACUUCGUAAAAUUUCAUCAACAUUUGAUUAUCAUGAAUCGAUGAUUAUAGAUAAUAAAAAUGAUGACGAUGAUGAUGAUUGGUUCACAAUUAAACAACUGAAUCCUGAAAUAUCGUUGAACUCGAAUAGUCUAAUAAAUGAUCAAACAUUAUCAGUAUUCGACGUUUUUUCAGACAAUUGCCACUUUGAUCAAGUGAAAUCAAUGUUUGAAUUUGAUGGUAGUAUGGCUACUUUACUUUUACCAAAUCUGUCAGUUACAAAGAGUAAAAUUUUACAAAACAAACUAUGUGAAGUCAGUGUCAAUUAUAAAGCAAAUCAACUUAUUCAUGAUAAAAACAAUGCUUUAUUAUCAUCAGAUACAAUUCCAAUAAUCUCAUCUUCCUCUCCUUGUAGUCAACGACAAUCAACCACAACUACAACGAUUACUCAACAACAAUCAAAUAAAUAUACCAUGUCUAAAUCAACUUCAGCUUUAUCUUUCUGUACACAGUCAUCAACAUCAAUGACAAGUAGUAGUGCCGAUGAGAUUAGUUCAAAUUCAAACGAUGUCAGCGAACUAACAACUAUACAUCAUCCUACUGAAUCUAUGCGACAACUAUCUGAUCACUAUAAAUAUAACAGAAGUACAAGUGAUGAUUCUUUGAAUUUGAGUAGUAGACGUCGUCGAAAAAGAACUAUCUUCAGUGCAGCCGAUAUUGAACAUUUAAAAGAUGCAUUUAUUCAAAAUCCUAAACCGAGUCAACAAGAUAUUGCUGUUUUGUCGGACCAAUUAGGUCAUGAUUCGUAUGUGAUUCGUGUAUGGUUUUACAAUAAACGUCAAGCAACUAAAAAACGAAACGAAUAA